AUGUACCACCCGCGCGCAUAUAUCAAACCCGAGGACGGGGGGCUCCUAAAGGAGUACAAGUAUCUGACCGAGCAUGUCAGCAUGUGGGACGUGGCGGUUGAGCGGCAGAUUCAGGUUAAGGGUCCUGAUGCCGCAGAGUUCGUGAACUACAUCAUUACGCGGGAUGUGCAUACAAUGCUGCCUACGAUGCGGGCGCGGUAUGUAAUUCUGUGCAACCAGUACGGUGGCGUCAUCAACGACCCUGUGCUGCUACGCGUGGCGGAGGAUGAGUUCUGGUUCAGCAUCUCGGACUCGGACCUGCUGUUGUGGGCGCAAGGAGUGAAUCAUGCGGGCAGGUUCAAUGUGAGCAUCAACGAGAUCGAUGUGUCGCCUGUGCAGAUACAGGGGCCGAAGUCGGUGGACUUGAUGGAGAAGAUGUUCGGUGAGCAGAUCAGAGCUAUCCCGUACUACGGGCUGCUGAGGGCGACACUGAACGGGCGCGAGGUAACGAUCUCCCGCACGGGGUUCUCGGGCUGA